AUGUUACAAAGUAAUCGGCGACGCUAUGGGCGGCUGAUGCUAUGGGCAAUGAUUGGCUGCUGUGUCUGGACUGGCCAGUGUCUGGGUCAAGGUUACAAUCGGAACUAUCGCAGUCAACAGUCGUCGAAUCGUCAUAGCAUGAAUUAUCAAAAUGCUCCAGGAUUUGUGGUGGGAGGAAGUGGAGCAGUAGGUGCUAAUGGUGCUGCUGCUAGUCUAGGUGGUGGCCUCUCACAUGUCCAGAGUGCCACAGAACGCCGUUACACUGGAGGGGAGAUGCUCAAGUUUUUGAAUGUGGAACAAGAUCCUUGUUCGGAUUUCUAUGAUUAUGCCUGUGGCAAAUGGCUGCAGAACCAAAAUGUCAGCGAUGCCAGGGAUGGAGAUGUGGUAACGGUGCCUGGCCUUUUGGAACGGAAGGUGGUGCAACAACUGCAAAGAAGAUUGGAUGAUGCCAGUCGCAAUCCCCAUCCGGUGGUGAAUAAAUUCUAUCGCUCUUGCCUGUCCACCAAUUGGAAUGAGGAGAAAUUAUUUAUAAAACGCUUCGUGGCCACCUAUGGCGGAUUGCCGGAUGUCAAGGACACCUGGCGGGAAAGGGCGUAUCAAUGGAUUGAGAUUUUGGCAAGACUAAAAUUGGAUUUUAAUCUGGACAUAUUGAUUGCUUUCUCGAUGGCGCCCAAUGGCAGGCCGGUGUUGAGAGAGCCUUCGACCACAAUAAUGCCGGCGGAAUUGUGCAAUGCCGAGGCAUCGCCUCAAAUCGAUGAACAAGAUGAGAUUUUCGAAACCAUACAAAUGGAAAUUAAGGAGAAGCUCCAGCUGUGGUUUGAUUUUGGCGAUGGAGAUGCCAAUCGCCUGGCUGGAGAUAUCCAGCGCUUUGAGUUCGAUCUCUGUAAAUUUAUGAGAAAGGCCGACAUAAUGGCCAUUAAAACAGAUGAAGAAGAAGAGGAGGAGGAAGAUGGGGAGAGAGAAGAAGCCGACAGUGGUCGGCCACCACCACUCACAAAUUAUGGUCCCCGAAGACAGGGCAGAUCACCCAUCCCACCCCACCUACACUCGAAACAGCGACUCCUUGAACUGGAAACCAAUCAAAAGCUAAUCAAUUUUGUCCAACUCUGCAUGGGCCAACCCCAGGGUCAGGGUCGCACCGACUUCCAAAUAAUCAGCCCGGAAUAUCUGCAGUAUUUGACGGGCAUCAGUGGCCGAAAACCCUCUUUUGCCAACUACAUUAUGUAUCGUGCCCUCUCCGAACUGACCCUACCCCAGAUGGAUCGUAAACCCUAUUGUGUACGCAAGGUAAUGCAAAUGUUUCCCGAGUACAUGGGUAACCUCUAUCAAAUGUCCAUACCUGCGCAGACCCGGGAAUUUGUCAAGCAGGAUGUGGCCAGUAUAUUUCGUGACAUAAAAGAGGCCAUACCUAGGUCAUUGAGGAAAUCCAUUGAUUCCCUGCAAAUAAGUGAACCCUCGUAUCAGUCAGGGGUGGUUGGGGGAGUUGAUCCCCAAACCUAUGCCGGCAUUAAAACCAAUGGCAACUAUUGGGAAAUUUUGAAAUCUAUUACCCUAAACAAUGUCCAGCAACAGCAGGCCCUGUUAACACCACCACCCCAACGAGGACGCCAGUCGGCCCCCAUUUUGGCCUCCAAUGUUGUGGAGGCCUUUGCCACCCAUCUAGGCAGUAAUGAGAAAAUUGUACAGUUCGGCUGGGGUCUCCUACAGCCUCCCUUCUAUGCAUACAAUUACCCCAAGUCCCUGAAAUACUCCUCCCUUGGCUUUGCCAUUGCCCGGCAGCUAAUCAAACAUCAUCUGGACGAGCAGAAUGCAAAUGAUCGUGGUGCCACCACACGUCAGCCCUAUUCCGCCCAGUUGGAUGAAUUCCUCAGCCAGAGGGAAUGUUUCCGAGCCCAAAUGAGCAGCUAUUUUUUCAAUACCCCCGAUGUGUUUCGCAAUGCCAGCCAAUUGAGUGAAUUUAUGGCUGACGCCACGGCGCUGAGUGUGGCCUUCACCGCCUACAACAAUUGGCUGGACAAACAGGAGGCAUUUAAUCCAGAUUUGAAAUUUGAAACUUUGCCAAAAAUGAAUUUCAGCAACACUCAGUUGUUUUUCAUUAACUUUGCGCAAAUAAGUUGUGCCGAAAGAUUUUCCGAGGAGCCUGUGGCGGAACCAUCGGAAUGCUGCCCGUUGGAUUUACACACCCCUGAGAGAUUGAAAAUAAAUGGCCCUCUUAGCAACGAUGAGGAGUUUGGUUUGGAUUUUAACUGCCCCAUUGGGGCUGACCUCAAUCUGGCCGAUAAGUGUUCGAUUUUAGGUAAUGAAUUCAAGAGGAGUUAUUAAUUUUUAGGGAAUUUAGAAAGAAAGGAAAAUAAAAUAAAUUAUUUAUAAAAAAAGAAAACAGAAAAAUACAGAAAU